AUGACGAUGAAAGAGGGGGACAAAGAGGAAGUGGGGUGGCAGUGGCGUGGGAGACAAGGUGUGGUGGUGUCAGUGAGCAGCGAGAAGGGAGAUGAGGCGGUGGGGUGGCGAUGGGGUUGGAGGCGGUGGAAGAAGGGUGGGGCGAUGAGAAGGGAGGCGGGAGGCGAGGAUGGUGGAGAAGAGGCGAUGAUGAGGCGGAAGAGGAAAAUGAGAGGAGAAAGGAACGAAGAAGGGGGCGGGGGUGGAUUAGUUUUUUCUCUUGAGAGGAGCGGGGAUAGAGGAAGUGGAGGUGACAGAGGAAGAAGUGGAGCGGGACAAAAGGGAAUGGGGAUGACAGUGAAGCGUGGGGGACAUGGAAUGGUGGUGUCAGGCGGAGGAGACAGUGAAGUGGGAGGAUGA